AUAUCUCGCGCCAGAGUUCCCUGUUAUCGAUCACAAUAAAAAUAAGUUAAAAUUCUGAAAUAUCUUACCGACGAGAGGUGGUGCGUAAUCGUUGCUAGAAUAUACUCGUGUCACUCCGGCGAUGGAUAAAAACCAACGUUUCAGUGUUCGAUAUCACAACCGGUGAUUAUUGACAAUUAACAACGAGACCGGAACACAACGUGCCUGCAACACCGUCCGGCAGUGUCCUGCGAACGAUGCGAACUAACGUACUAAACGAGCGAGUGCAAACAUUUAUGCCAUGCUCCGUUACACCACGAGCUACGGUCAAAUCAAAUAUCCCAGGUCCGUGGUUAUACGCAUUCCAUGCUGCUGCAGUCGUCUAGUAUCGAUCAAGAACGACCGAUGGUGGAAGGGGGCCGGGUGGGGAGAAUCGUUUUACGACUGCUUCAACAACUCGAUUCCUCUCUUUGAAAAAGUGGGGAGGAGGCGUCGUAACACGGAGGCACUUGGCCGCGGUGAUAAAUGCACGGGUACGCUGCACACGGGUCCCAACGUACCGGUAACAGUGCACAGGUGUCCACUUCAAAUGCGGUCGAUCUUGGAAGAACGUUCGUCGAAGAUGCGAAUAACGACCGGCUUAAUCUGUGUUCCGACACGACGUCUCGGAAACACGCAACUCCGGCACACUGUCGUGUCCCGAACCGAAUCGCGAGCCAGUUUGCUGAAAAGUUUCGAGCAUCGGCAGUUUCAGCGCGAUAUUCGACGACGUGUCGAUUUUCGCGUUAAGGAACAAAGAUAAAAGCGUCCGCGACCGACGUGCCCGUGGAAAACAGGAUACGAUUCUAAGUCGAUAACGAGCGAUCGAACACGGGAGCUCGUUUCCUCGUGGCCGAACAUCGUCGCCGGCCCGACCAUCUUGACGGUCGAAUCGAUCCACGAAGCGAGUGUGGCCCUGAGCAACAACCGUCGAAAUCGUCAGUCGGCGUUUACACGUUCUGCGUGAGAAACGAGGAAGAGAACCGUCGCUCGGAGAUGUUCGUCGUUCGCUUAGAACUUUCGCGCGCUCGCGCAUAGAAGACCGAAGAAUCCGAUUACGACGAAUUCCGCAAAAACAAUUUCGUUCGAGCGAAGAUGAUUUUGCAGCCUCGAACGCGCCUCGAUGCGUAGCGUGUGUACCAUGCGAUCAUAAAUUAAUACAUAUCUUGCCGUGUUCCAUUUUCUUUCUGCACGCUGGCCGCCGCGCGAACCGUCGAAGAUUUUUGAACGGUGCCGUUCAACCGUGGAGAUCGCCGUUUAAGAUCGUUACAUAAAUAAUAGAGACGGGCUAAAUGUGUUCGGACAGCGACGAUCGAGGCGUCGUGUACUUAAUUGCUACGCCAGAUAAUCAAAACAAGCUGAACGAGGCUGUUCAGUCGUGGACCAACCUUCGUUGAAUUUGUCUCUGGAAAACCGAGGCGGCUGCAGUCAUGGCUAUCCUGGGGAUAGCGGAUUACGCUGUGAUCGUGGUCACGUUGCUGAUCAGCUCGGGAAUCGGUGUGUACUAUUGGCUGACAGGCGGGAAACAAAAAUCGACCGACGAAUAUUAUUUAGCGAACAGAUCGAUGCAGGUCGCACCGGUCGCGAUAGGGUUAACGGUCUCGUACCUGUCCGCGGUCAGUGUGUUGGGAGUGAGUUCAGAAACUUACGUUUAUGGCACCCAGUACGCUGUGGCCAAUAUUGCCUACGGGAUUGCUACGCCGGCCAUAGCUUAUUUGUACCUGCCGGUGUUCUUCAAGCUCGGGACGACUAGCACCUUUGAGUACCUGCAAAAACGGUUCGGAAGCGCAGCAAGGACUGCAGCCAGCUUGGCGUUCAUGCUGCAACUGUUUUUGUACAGCGGGGUGGUGCUCUACGCACCCGCGCUAGCUCUCGAGGCUACCACGGGUAUCUCGACGACCGCGAGCGUGGUCGGCAUCGGAUUGGUCUGCACGUUUUACUCGACGAUCGGCGGUAUCAAGGCGGUCCUCGUUACGGACGUAUUCCAGAGCACGCUGAUGCUGGUGUCCGUCAUCCUGGUGAUCGUCACCGCGGCCGUGAACGUCGGCGGCUUGGACCAGAUCUGGGAGAUCGCGCUAAAUGGAUCGCGGAUAGAAUUUGACAACAUUUCAAUGGACCCAACGGUACGACACACCUGGUGGAGCUUGACGUUUGGCUGUUUCUUCACCUACCUCUCCUUGUACGGCGCCAAUCAAGUUCAAGUUCAGAGAAUGUUAACCAUCGGGAACGUACGCGGCGCUCAGGCAGCGCUCUGGUGGAGCUGGCCGCUGACUUCGGUAAUGUCCCUGGGCCUCUGUUUCUCCGGGCUUGCGAUCUACACGAGAUACCGCGGUUGUGACCCCUUAACGCUCGGAAGAAUCAAUUCGAACGAUCAAUUAAUGCCUCUUUACGUAAUGGACAUGCUCUCUGGAUAUCCGGGGAUACCGGGCCUUUUUAUAGCUGGGGUUUUCAGCGCUGGCCUGAGCACUAUCUCUGCCACGGUGAAUUCCCUGGCCGCCGUUAUACUCGAAGAUUUUAUCAAACCCCUAUACCGUAUAAGAGGCAAGGAGAUCACCGCGACCGGAUCGAUCAUCGUCAGCAAGCUUCUGGCCCUCAUAGUCGGCCUGACCUGCAUAGCGCUCGCGUUUAUGGCACGUUACCUUGGCGGACUGCUCCAAGCCGCGCUGACGAUCUUCGGCGUAGUCGGCGGGCCAGUAUUCGGUCUGUUCACUCUUGGCUUGUUCACGGAGUUGGCCAAUGAGAAGGGAGCCGUGAUCGGUCUGCUGACCAGUCUCGUUUUUUCACUGUGGAUGGGAUUCGGCCAGCCGAAACCGCCGAUUCCAAAAUUGGACGUGUCCACUUCGGGAUGCAGCAAUGCUACCGGAUAUUACGAUUACGCCGAGCCGUCGCCCUUCGUUGGCCAACCGAGCGGCGACGACUCGUACUUCUAUCUCUACCGAAUCUCGUACAUGUGGUACUGUCCGAUCGGGUCUGUGGUCAGUUUCGCGGUGGGACUGUUCGCCAGCUGGAUCCUGAAUGUCUUUUUCAAGGAGCAGCCGAAGGAGCUCGAUCCGGAUCUAUUCAAUCCGAUCAAAGCGCGGGCCAUGAGACAACGACGAAAAAACAACGAGAACGAAUAUAGCAGCAACAUCGCGCUGGGCACCGUUCCCACGCGCGUUGACACUUACGAUAAAACUUAGUACGGUGAAACGUAUAUCUGGAGAAGUCGAUUUACUUUGCACUUGUACUCUGCUCCACGACGAGAACGUCGAAUCGCGGACUGAACUUGCGACGCGCGCGACUGAACAUUCAGGAUUCGUCCAAAUUCAUGCGGAUCGCGACGAUCUGCUUCUAUUUAUUGAUUUCGUAAACUCGCCACUUGGAACAACGAAAGUGCUGAAACGAAAAGGAACAGCGAAAUGGAAUUUGUCGUUGCAUUUGAGAGAUAUAAGUUCGUUUCACUUUUCGAUCAUUGAAAUCGUUUCGAAUAGAGAAAGUUUGGUCGAAACUUCACAUUAAUUCGUGCCUCGUGUCAAUUAUAUUAUAAUAAUAUUAUAUAUAAUUAUAUAAUAUAUUAUUAAUAAUAUUAGUCUAACUUUCACGGAUGCUGAACAAAUAGUAUGCUCCGCACGACCUUCCAUGAAUCGUAAACGACGCGAAUGAUCUCUGACUUAUCUCACUUUGCCUUAGAUCUUCAUUCCCGAAGCUAAUUAUUUAUCGUUUCGUCGCGUUGCUUCUACACCGUUGUAUCAAUAUCGCGUCGAGGAGAUUUAAACAGACACAAACCGUAAAAAUCAGGGUCGAACGAGAGCGAGGAAUGUAAAUUUGCAUCGGCCUCGACGGUCUCGCAGCGGUUAAGUAGAAACUGCGAGCAACGGACAGACGAAUUACCCGUGAUAACCCGUCGCUGUACAACAAACACGCGCGAGCCACGCUCUAUUAUAUAAUCGAGCACAUUUAUAUUCUGAAUUUCUUUAUUCGAAUGGUUUUAAUAAAUCGCGAACGAAAUAAAAAGAAAGAAAAAAAUA